AUGCAUUUGUACUUCCAAUUAAUUGAUUUGACAGUACAGGGAAUGCAAAAGUUUCACACUUUCAUUUCACUGCUGCUGCUGGGCCGUCCCUUACUCUACUCAGUUUCAAAUUGCAAUCCUUUCUACUCAUUACUCAUUUCGUUUUUCUUCAAUCAUCUUCUUCAAUCUUCACAGUUACCUAUAACAAGAGAAAGAGUUGGUGGGGUAGAGAAGGCUGAGUGCAAUCAUUGUAAUAAGCUACUUUCCGCCGGUGCAAAGGCGGGAACUUCUCAUUUGAAGGACCACAUUCAAAGUUGUCGAAAGCGAAUAUGUCAAGAUCUUCGGCAAACAAGAUUAUUCGGUACACAACGUAAUGUGAAUGAUAGUAGUGAUUCUUUGACUUUGGCUCCUUAUGAAUUCUGUCAAGAAGAUGGAAGAAAGGACUUGGCCGAGAUGAUUAUAUUGCAUGAGUACCCCAUUAGCAUGGUUGAGCACUAUGGCUUCAGGAAGUACUCUAAGACUUUACAACCUGGUUUUAAAGUACCGUGUCGUACCACUACUAGGAAGGAUAUAAUGAAGAGAUAUGAGGAUGAGAAGGACAAUAUUCUAGCUUUGUUGAGGAAUGUCAAAAGUCGAAUUUCAUUAACUACGGACAUGUGGACUGCAAGUAAUCAAAGGAAAGGCUAUAUGGCAGUCACUUCACAUUUCAUUGAUAAUGCGUGGAAGUUGCAAAGUCGAAUCAUAAGGUUUCUUUAUGUCCCUGCCCCACAUAAUGCCGAGGUUCUUGCCGAUGCAUUAAAACAAUGCAUUCAAUCGUGGAACUUGGAUUUGAGAUUGGCAUCUAUCACAGUAGAUAAUUGUACGACUAAUGAUGCUAUGAUGAACAUCAUAAAGGACGCUUUCCCAUAUGGUUCUCUACUUUUGGAUGGUGAGUUCUUACAUAUGCGUUGCUGUGCACAUAUACUUAAUCUAAUUGUUCAAGAUGGAUUAAAUGCUGUAGAGUAUGAUGGAGUUAAUCGAAUAAGGGAAAGUGUUGUGUUCUGGACUGGUUCUGAUAAGAGAGUGCAAAAGUUUGAAGGUGUAGCUAAUCAAUUAGCCUCCGGUUACAAAAGGAAAUUAUCCCUUGAUUGUAAAAUUCGUUGGAAUUCAACAUAUGAAAUGCUUUGUGUUGCUAUUAAUUAUAAGGAAGUGUUUGCUGUUUUAAGUGGUCGAGAAAAACUAUAUAACAACCCACCAACUCCUGAAGAUUGGGAAAAAUUUGGGAAAAUAUGUGAGUUAUUGGAAGUGUUUGCUAAACUUACCCUUGAUUUCUCUGCCUCAAAAACUCCUACGGCUAAUAUUUACUUUUCUAAAAUUUGAAAACUUAAAAUUACUCUAUCUACUUGGCUUUCAUCUCCAUAUGAUUAUGUUGUGAAGAUGGCGGAAGUAAUGUUAGAGAAAUAUAAGAAAUAUUGGGAUAGUAUGAAUGGUUUGAUGGGAGUUGCAACUAUACUUGAUCCUAGGUAUAAAAUGGCUCUUAUUCGAUUUUAUUUUGCAAAGUUAUUUGAUAAAUAUGAGUAUGAUAGAGAGGUUAGUAGAAUUAGCAAUCUAUUAAGGAGAUUAGUUGAUGAAUAUGAGUCUAGGAGUGAGAAUAAUCAAAGUAAGAGGCAACUAGCUUCCAAUUUAGCAAGUGGUGGGAAUUCUUGUGAUGAUGUUGAUAUGGAAGAGUUUGCACAAUUUCUAGAGCGAGACAAAAAUCAAACUUAUGAAAAAUCUGAUUUGGAUAAGUAUUUGGAAAAUGCUAACAUACCACUUGAAGAUAAUUUUGAUAUUUUAAAUUGGUGGAAAACAAAUGGAAGCACAUAUCCCGUUCUUCAACAAGUAGCACGGGAUAUUUUGAGUAUUCCUAUUUCUACGGUUCCAUCCGAAUCAGCUUUUAGCACAAGUGGUAGAGUUCUUGAUCUUUAUCGUAGUCGACUACUACCUCAAGCCGUUGAAGCUUUAAUGUGUUCUCAAAAUUGGAUUUGGGCUGCCCUCAAAAAUUGUGGAGAAUUCAAAGACAAGGAUUUUGCUAAAAUUGUUGGAGAGUUGGAAGAAGAAUGCGAAAUGAAAUUUGAUAGUGAUGAAAUUAUUCUGGAUUGAUUUACUUUAGAUGAUUUUGAGUUGAUGUUGAAACUUGAAAUACUUUAUUUUAGUCUUUUAGACAUGUAUAUUUGUUUGAGACUUUGAUUAUGUGUUUGUUUGAGACUUCGGAUAUAUGUUUGUUUGAAUUGAGACUUUGGAUAUGUGUUUUUCUUUGAGACUUUGGAGUUCGGAUAUGUUUUAU